CGUCAGCAACCAGUCACACGGCAGCAGUGCCACGUCAGCAACCAGUCACGCAGCAGCAGGUCACGUCAGUGCAUGGUACUCACUCGCUCAAAGACAAGCGGCAUGGAGCAGCAGCCAGGCGAGACUACCGAGGCCUAUGAGGCCCGCAUGCUGGACAUGGUAGCAGAGUACAAGCAACGGGCAGCUGCGGCAACAUCCGCACGUAAAAAGGAAGACGAGGGAGCAGAGGAACAUCGUCGCCGCACUGAACAGCAGCAACAGGCGAAUGCUGAGGCUGCCCCCUCUGCUGUGCGUGGCCUUGCAACCACAAUCGAAAAUGUGAGCGACUUGGUUGCCACCUGUGCAGCACAGCAAGAGGACAUCCUCUGCAUGGACACCCUGGUCCGGAAGCAGAUUCGCGUUAUUGAUGAACUGCUUGACCGGGUACGCAACAGGUCCCUCAAACAGCAGCUUGCAUCAGCCACCCCCGCCGGACCCUCCAACUUGACGGACCGCGUCAACAUCUUGGAAAUCGACGUCGAGACCCUCAAGAACAGCGCCGUAACGACAAAUCAGCGGAUUGACCAGCAGAUUUGCGCUGCCGCAGCCAGUCCAACCGUGACCAAUCACGAGAGCAUCCCGAAGUUUGACGGUCUCUCGAUCUUCUGUGAUGCAACGAAGACGGACCCGAUCCCAUGGUGGCGCCAGUUUGAGCUGAAGUUGGACAUUCACCACGUCAUCAACCCGAACCGGCACGCAUACUUAUACUCCCGCUCGGGAGGUGCGUGCCAGGCAUGGCUGGACAACAUGUUGUCCACGCACAACGUCGCAGUCUCCGAGCAGCAUCCAAAGAUCAGCUGGGCUGAUCUCAAGGCAGCAUGGCAUAAGCGGUUCCAAGUGGAGCCGCCUGAGCUUCAGGCAGCCGAGAAACUUCAACGGUUCUAUCAGAACGACCUGCCAAGCACGGACUGGAACACCGAGUACCAACGCUUGGCAUCCACGCCCAACUUGUCAUCGACAUUCAUCGCUAUCAAGCACUUCUUCAUCAGGAGGAGCUGCCCGGCGUUGCAAAACGCCUUGGCGCAAGUUGCGGAGACGCUCACCACAAGUGAGCAGCUUUUUUAUAAAGCCUUGCAGAUCAUCUUGACGAACAUCGAGGCCAAGAAUUUGGCCCAUUCGUCUGCUGCAGGCCAGGGCAGAGGACAGCAUCGACCGAAAGUGGCCGUGGUCGCAGCAACACCAAACGAGGCUGCCUCUUCUGAGGAAGGUGACAGAUUGGCAGCUGCCCGGGAUGGUGGUCGCCCCGCCAGAGGGCGAGGACACGGCAAACCGAAGACACACACCAAUUCAGCCCCCGGGGCUGGACCAGCGACUCAAGAGCCUUGGACACAUUACGGUAUCUCGGAAGGCAUGUACCGCAUCCGUUCUAAGUACGGAUACUGCUUGUGGUGCAACAGCGCGGUGCACGACACCGCAACUGUGGAUCACACGGUUAACUUCCAUCAGCGGACACUUACCGUUCGCGACGCCUUCGGCGCCGAGGUGUCGUGUACCAUUCCUCUUCCGCACUCCUCGAUCCGGUGCCAAGUUGUAACGGCCAAGUCUUUUCGGGCCGCUUGGGCUUACGAGCGGAUCGACGAGAUAGGCCUAUGUUUUCUACGAGCCGCCACGACGACCGACCCUUCACCUACGAACUUGUCUUCGGACCCCCGAGUGGUGCGGCUGCUCGACGAGUUCACCGACAUCUUCGAGUCUCCUACCGGUGUGGUGCCGGAUCGGUCGAUCUCCCACGAGAUCAUUCUUGAGGCCGGUGCCAUGCCGUCGAAAGGAUGCAUCUAUCGCAUGAGCGAGGAAGAGCUUGACGUUCUCCGCGCUCAACUCGAUGAUCUUUUGGACAAGGGCUGGAUCCGCCCUAGUAGCUCACCAUACGGUGCGCCAGUUCUCUUCGUACGGAAGAAGAACAAGGAUCUUCGCUUGUGCAUCGACUACCGCAAGCUCAACGCACAAAACAUCAAGAAUGCGGGACCUCUUCCGCGGAUUGACGACCUUCUCGAGCGUUUGGGCGGCGCAAAAUUUUUCUCAAAGUUGGACUUGAAGUCGGGCUACCACCAAAUCUCGAUACGCCCGCAAGAUUGCUACAAAUCCGCGUUCAAGACGCGGUACGGGCAUUUUGAGUGGAUCGUUAUGCCUUUGGCCUCACCAAUGCCCCGAUGACCUUCCAAGCGGCAAUGACCAACGAGUUCCGUGCGAUGUUGGACCGGUUUGUACUAGUCUACUUAGACGACAUCCUCGUCUAUAGCCGAA